AUGGCUUCCAAGACUGAAAACGUUACUUUGGGCCCACAAGUCCGUGAUGGCUCCCAGGUGUUUGGUGUUGCUAGAAUCUUUGCUUCUUUCAACGACACCUUCGUCCAUGUCACUGAUCUCUCCGGUAAGGAAACUAUUGCCAGAGUCACUGGUGGUAUGAAGGUCAAGGCUGACAGAGACGAGUCUUCUCCAUACGCCGCCAUGUUGGCAGCUCAAGAUGUUGCUGCUAAGUGCAAAGAGGUUGGAAUCACCGCCGUUCACGUUAAGCUCAGAGCUACCGGUGGUACCUCAACCAAGACCCCAGGUCCAGGUGGACAGAGUGCUUUGAGAGCUCUGGCCAGAUCUGGUUUGAGAAUUGGUCGUAUUGAGGAUGUUACUCCAGUUCCAUCUGACUCUACCAGAAGAAAGGGUGGUAGAAGAGGUAGACGUCGUUGA